AUGUUAUGGCCAAGUUUCCGAGCUUUAAAUGCACUUUCGCUGCCGCUGCGGAUUUCGACGUUGAAAACUCGCCGCUGUCGAAGAACGCUCCAAGACGAAGAACCUUAUUUCGAGCUUAUUGAGAAGAUGCCUCACCUCACUAACCCAAAGCUCAUCUCUGCCAUGCGUUUGGCCGUUGCUGACGUUGCUCAAACCCGAUAUGUGCUCCAUAGGGCCCACCAAGUAAAAAAGGAGGAGGAGUGUAGAAAGGCUGUCGAAAGGGAGAAGGAGAUUUAUAAAGUGGUGAUCUAUUUGGUUGAGAUGCACGAGGGGUAUGAGAAGAUGUUAAGUGAGGCGGAGAUUAGAUUGGAGAGGAUUUAUGAGGCUGCAGUGGAGGGGUAUGAGAAGAUGUUAAGUGAGGCGGAGAUUAGAUUGGAGAGGAUUUAUGAAGCUGCGGUGGAGGGAAAAGACGAGGCAGAAGUGUCAUUUAAAGAAAAGGAAAAUGGCCCUCAUGAGGGGGCGGAGGAAAUGAAUGAAGAAGUGGUGAGGAUUCUGAGGGAUGCAGAGUCAGGGAAGGCGAUUGAGAGAAUGGAUUUAGCGGGAAGAAGAUUGAGGUUGUUGCCCGAGGAGUUUGGAAGGUUUAAGUCAUUGGUUACGCUUAAUUUGUCAAACAGUCUACUUGAGGUUAGAGUUUGCAUAUGA